AUGACAAUUUCCGGAAGAGGUGAUAUUGCGAUAAUGGUGCAUUUGACACUAUCCGGUACAUUGCUUGUUAAAAUGGCUCGUCUACCACGGUCUAAAUUUGCUACUGUUUCUUCUAUUUUGUUUGUCGUAUGGGCAGGCUUUGUACACUGUGAUAACGGCAGGAGGGUGGGUGAUACUUUGGAGACUGAGUUUAGCGGUUUCUCGGUACCCCUUGAACACUCAUUUGAAGUUGAUGAUGUAGCCGAGUUUCGAGUUCGUGGAGCGCUGGUGUUGAAAGCUGGAAGAGAGCCCAGCGUCUCGCUAAGUCAGAACCAGCUGUCAGAGGAGGACAGAGCCAAACUGAAGGAAGUGGCUGCAGUCGAUGGUCUCUACAGAAUCCGAGUGCCUCGUGUUUUCCUGCAGGCAGACAGACAGACGGAGCGACAGAUGGAAGGUUACCUCACAGCAUUUGUCAGAGCUUGUGCCAUGGUUGAGUCCCAUCUGAGCGAUGUGAUCACGCUUCACACUGACGUCUCUGGAUACCUCAUUGGCGUCUCCAUAGUGACGUUACCUGGAGCUUGUAGGGGCACUGAGGUUGAGGAUGAAGUUGAUCUUGAGAUUUUCAACACCACGCUCAGUAUCAUGGCUCCUGUCAACGCACCUGGACCUGAGACGACUGUAUACAUGCAACAACUGGAACGGGAAUCUGAGAAGAAAGGGAAGAAUCCACAAGAGCAGAAGUCGUUCUUUGCAAAAUAUUGGAUGUACAUUGUGCCACUUGUUCUCUUCUUGAUGAUGUCUGGUGCUCAGGACCAGUCGGGAGGAGGCGCUGGCGGUGGAGCCGGCAACGGAGGCGGCCGAUGAUCAAGAUGUGAAUAUUUACUGAACAAUAAUUCUCUUGAACAGAUUUUAACUGCUGUACAUAAUGCUUUUUAAGGAAAGUAGAUGUAUCUCACCUACAACUUAAACCUGUACAGUACAGAGGAGAUAUUGUGCUCUGAAGAUGACUGCGUUUUAAUACUAAUGUGAAAAUAAAGUAUUUAUUACUUGA